AUGCCCAGGAUCGUUAGGCGCGACGAGGAGAACGUCUACUACUCGAAGUAUCUCAACGACUGCAUCAUGGAGGCAGAACUUCACGAGUUCUUUUCGCGUGAGCUGGUCGACGCCGGCUAUGCCUCCUGCUCUCUCUGUCGUACCAUCGACUCGAUCUGCGUGAUAAUCCAGUGUGCCGAGCCAGAGGUGGUUAUGGGCGACAACCACUACCGUCUUCAUAAGAUCGAGUAUCUCCUCGCUGGCAGGUUCAUGUGCGAUCCCAAGAACUUCAACAUUUGGGUCGACAAGAUAAUUAAGCGCGGGCUUAGCGCCGAGAUCAUGGUUGAUAACCUUCGUGCAAAGCUCGAGGAGGCGAUGCCGAUCCGCAGAGCAGCCUACUCAAUCAUCAGAACCGCGAUGCGUGCCGGGGCUGCAGGCUGCGAGGUCAUUGUUGCCGGUAAGCUCCGCGCUCAGCGUGCCCGUGCAAACAAGUUUAAAGAGGGCUGCUUGAUCUCGACGGGCCACCCGAAGCGUAUCUUCCUGGCAGAGGCGACGCGCCACAUAAAGAUGAGGCAGGGUGUUAUUGGCGUCAAGGUCCGCAUCUAUAACCCGAACAUCCGUGGUGCGGUCAUGCCGGAUAAGAUUGAGAUAGGAGCGUUCUCCCGCCAAAAGUAA